GCGGGGCUAGCGCGCCGGCAGCUCGAGGAAGACCUGCAAAUUUCAAGUUGGCUGCGACGUGGGCUCCGCGUGGGGGAGGGGCAGCAGGUUUUUCUCACCAGAUCGCUGAAUACCCAGGCCCCCUCCACCAUGGCCAGUCGGGGUGGGGGCCGGGGUCGUGGCCGGGGCCAGCUGACCUUCAACAUGGAGGCCGUGGGCAUUGGGAAGGGGAAUGCUCUGCCCCCACCCACCCUGCAGCCGUCUCCACUCUUCCCUCCCUUGGAGUUCCGCCCAGUGCCUCUGCCCUCAGGAGAGGAAGGGGAAUAUGUUCUGGCACUGAAGCAGGAGCUACGAGGGGCCAUGAGGCAGCUCCCCUACUUCAUCCGGCCAGCUGUCCCCAAGCGAGAUGUGGAGCGUUACUCAGACAAAUAUCAGAUGUCAGGGCCGAUUGACAAUGCCAUCGAUUGGAACCCUGAUUGGCGCCGUUUACCCCGUGAGCUAAAGAUCCGAGUGCGGAAGCUACAAAAGGAACGGACCACCAUCCUGAUCCCCAAGAGGCCCCCUAAGAACACCGAAGACAAGGAAGAGACAAUACAGAAGCUGGAGACCCUGGAGAAGAAGGAGGAAGAAGUGACUUCAGAGGAAGACGAAGAGAAAGAAGAAGAAGAAGAGAAGGAAGAGGAAGAAGAAGAGGAGUAUGAUGAAGAAGAACACGAAGAGGAAACCGAUUACAUCAUGUCAUAUUUUGACAAUGGAGAGGACUUUGGGGGUGACAGUGAUGACAAUAUGGAUGAGGCCAUCUACUGAAGAAGGACCCUGAACAAUAUCUUGGACCUUCACAUCGCUCUUGAUGGAAGAUAUAGAGAAUAACUGUCGCCAUUAUUCGGUUUUGUGGACAAGCAAUUCAUGUGCUUGGAGUCCAGAUAAACUGGCCCUGGAGACAGGAAAGGAGAAUGAUGACAGACAGUUCUCUUCCCCACCCUUCCCGUCCCUCUACCCUUGUGUCACCUCUGAUAGCUUUGGGAGAAGGGCAAAGGACCAACGUCUUAAUUGAAUGAGAGAAAGAAGGGGCAAAGAAGAACUGGAGUUGUUAGAGCCGAGAGAGCUGUACGCAUGCCCCCCUCCCCACUUUUUUGUAGUGAAAGAUAAUUGGGGUUGUAUUCAAUUCGGAGGAGUAAGGCCAGCUUUAUAUUUUUAAAUAAAAAUUUUUAUCUGUC